GCGGCGCCGCCGGGGGAUGCUCGCGCUGGGCCCGGCCUCUCCCUCUUCAACUUAGGGCGGCGGCGGGCCCGCGCCCCUGGCUCCCGGGCCAUGGCGCUGAGGGAGCUCAAAGUGUGUCUGCUGGGGGAUACAGGUGUAGGUAAAUCGAGCAUCGUAUGGCGGUUCGUGGAAGACAGUUUUGAUCCAAACAUCAACCCAACAAUAGGGGCAUCUUUUAUGACCAAGACUGUCCAGUACCAAAAUGAGCUACACAAAUUCCUAAUCUGGGAUACAGCUGGACAAGAACGAUUCCGUGCCUUAGCACCCAUGUACUACCGAGGGUCGGCUGCAGCUAUAAUUGUUUAUGAUAUCACAAAAGAAGAGACAUUUUCAACAUUAAAGAACUGGGUGAGGGAGCUCCGGCAGCAUGGCCCGCCCAAUAUUGUGGUUGCCAUAGCAGGAAAUAAGUGUGAUCUUAUCGACGUCAGAGAAGUCAUGGAGAGAGACGCGAAGGACUACGCCGACUCCAUCCAUGCGAUUUUUGUGGAGACCAGCGCGAAAAACGCAAUAAACAUAAAUGAACUCUUUAUAGAAAUUAGUCGAAGAAUUCCGUCCGCCGACGCCAGCCCACCAUCUGGCGGGAAGGGCUUCAAGCUCCGGAGACAGCCUUCCGAGCCGCAGCGAAGCUGCUGCUGACCGAGCCUCGGCCUCCGGACUGGGUGAUGAUGAAAUGGUGAGAUGAGGAUGUGUCAUCAGUGGACACUGGAAUUAAAACCACGGAGUCUGAACAGAUUUAACAACAGCAAAAGCGUUUAUUGCUAGUUCAUUUUCAAAUGUGUAUGGUGCCCCGUACCUCAUCAACAUGCUUCGUAAAUGAAACAGACAAAAUUCGGGGUGGCUUUCCAUGCACGGGAAUCCAAGGGCCCAGAAUUCAGCUAAUGAACAGGAAAGGUAGUAAUGAUUUUUUUGAAAAAGCCCUCUUUCACUGGCAGUCUUGAACUGCAGAUCUUCGUGUUCCCCUUAAUCACGCAGCGGAAACAAAACAUGCUGGUCUUCGUGCCACUUCUUGAUUCAGGAACUUGUCCUUGUUUCUGGAAGCGAAUUGUUUAAGGCAGCAGUUUGAAGGAGCUCUGUCCAAACAGCAUACUGUGCACAAGGCCGAUCAUCUUCACUCGGAACCGAAAUUGUCCAGGAAACUCGCGCAUCCUGUGUCGGGUUGUAGAAAAGCGGUGCCCGCCUCCUUCGCCAGGGCGAGUCCGAGCCCACUGGCUCCCCAGGCUGGCUGCGUGGCAGGCGGCACCCCCACCCCCACUCUGGAACACUGUUGGGCGGGCAUUUUGCUCUGGGGCCUCGUUCUAGUACCAUUUGGGCUUGAUCACGUUUCUCAUCGAGUUUGUGCUUGAACGGUCCGUUUUAGCCCCUGAAACAUUUUGAAAACAAGGCUGAAGUUUGUGUGCCUCUGCUGACUUCGCAUAUGAGGUUAUUACGCAGUUGAUGGAACUUUGUGUUCGUGCGGGCCACGCACGUGAUGUCAGGGUGCCUGGUCGAUCGGGCGCAGGCGGUGGAGUUAUCGGCAGGUGGCCAGUCAGAGCAACUGACAGGUGGCUCCAUGUUUAAACCAUUUGUUGUCUUGUGUAGACAGAGCUGUAUUGCCCCGGAAAAGAUUUUUCUUUUUUUACUCUCCUCCAGCUCAGUCUUUCCAUCAUUUCGCUUGAUGAGUCAUUCACAUAAUUGUCAAUCAUGCCUCUGACCUUCUUAAGAAUUGAUGUCUUGCCUUCUCUGUGAUCGAAACAGACUUCUUGCCUUACUUCUCUUCUUCUCACUUGGCGGUGGGCUCUCCCUUAAGGACGCACGGCACCGGCCGCCUCCUUAGUGCACGUGGUGCCCUUCGCGGGGCUGCCUGGCAGUGGGCUGCGCCCGCCACGUCCAGCGAGCGCUGGCGGAAAUCGCGAAGGCUGGAUAAUUUUAGGCGAGGGGCUCCCAUGCUUCCAGAGAGGGGAUGGGCAGCACCGGUGGACGGUGGCAACACGAGUGAGUGGCAGGAUGGGUUUUAGAGUCGGUGAUGAGAUGGUUGGUCAGAACGCUGCGUAAUUUGCGUUCGGGAAAGUGUGUAGAAACACACGUCUAAAGUCUUGAAGAGAAACAGCUGUGGAGAUGAGCCUCGACUUUUAAAAACGAACAAAAAAAUAAACAAAUAGAAGCUAUGCUGUCGUACCAGCAACUCUCAUUUCUCCUAAGAAUGUCAUGCCUUUUCAAGACCCGAUGCAAGGAGUAAGAUAUUUGUGCCUUUGUAUACUAGCAUCUAUUAUGAAAACACACACACACACACACACACACACACACAAUUAAGUUGCUUACAACUUAGACUGCUUUGUAGCACUACAAACAGCCUGCAUUUAUAGCCGUGGCUUCACCGCAUGACACAUCGCUUGAUUGCCCGUGAUGCAAUACUGUCGGGGGGAUGGCCAAGCUCGUACGGACGUCGAAGACUUUAUUUUUGCAGUGUAUACCUUGGGCUGGACCUAAGUCUACAUGUGAACCGUAUGAUGUCUGUAUCGUUUGUAGACGCUGACAAAAGAAAACCAGAUCUUUUGAUUUUUUUCUUGUUGUUGUAAGAUUUAUCUUUCUCUACGUAAUGCUGGUAGAAGGUAGUUUGCGAGCAGUGGUAGGUUUGGCAUACUUUUAUUGAACUGUAUUGCUUUAGCUUGCAUAUUCUGUAAUCAACUUUUAUAGCGCGUAACAUGCUAAAUCACUCCAAAGUUUGUUGCAUUGUAAGAAGGGUGUAAACAUUUUGUUAAUAAAAUGCUGUGUUUACAAAUACGUGUA